UGUGAGAUUUUUCACCGAGGCAUUAUAUGGAGAAGGAAGUGGGCCGGUUUACAUUGAUCAACUUUUCUGUGGAGAUAAUGAUUAUGUGCUAAGUGACUGCCAGUAUUUGUUCCUGAAUGAAUGUAGCCAUAGCAGAGAUGUUUCUAUAAUAUGUAAUGAGUGCGGGGAGCCAGACAUUUCUCAUUGGGAUGCUGGAUAUUUUACAUACAAUGGUUCAACUUUGUAUGCUGACUGCUCCUACUAUAAAUCAUAUUUAGGCGUAUUAAAGAUGACUUGUGACAAUGUUACACAGACAUGGAGAACAGAAGGAGAAUGUCAAGAAUAUGGCUAUCCAUUAGAUAUCACUGAAAUAAAACUAUCAGGGGGAAAUUCAACGUCAAAUGGUAGGGUAGAAAUCAAAUCUAUUGACACGUGGGGAACAGUAUGUGACCAUGGUUUCGGUAAAAAUGAAGCUGAGACAAUAUGCACAAUGAUUGGCUUCCCUCCUGCUGUCUCAUUUCAUCACGGCGCCUACUUUGGCGAAGGUUCUGGUCCAAUAUUUGUUGAUGACUUACAAUGUGCAGAUAAUGCUACACAUAUCAACAAUUGUAGUUACGUCACGUAUGAUAAUUGCUUUCACUUCAACGAUGUUUCUGUUGUUUGUACUGAAUGCCCCUCGCCAAAGCCUACAAAUGGAAGCAUAAAUUCCACAUCUACUCAUUACCUUGCUGCUGUUAUGGUCACGUGUGACAACGGAUACAAUUUGAUUGGUGAUUCUGAAAUACGUUGUGAACUUGAUGCGACAUGGAGCAGCAGUCCAACUUGCAAAUUGAUAGACUGCGGCGACCCAACACCUGAGUUUGGAUCUAUUUACACAACAUCUACAACAAACGGAACUGUUGCCAUAAUUUCAUGUGACGAAGGAUAUGAAAUACAAGGUGAAACAGUGAUAAUGUGUCAACCUAGUGAUGAAUGGACAGAUAACCCCUCGUGCAUCAUCAAAGAUUGUGAUAUACCAAAUCCUGUCAAUGCACAGGCGACACUUACAGAGAAUAAAACAACAUAUGGAGAAACUGCUGUUGUUUCUUGUUAUGAUGGGUAUCAACCAGGUGGCAGUUAUCUUGUUUCCUGCUUAGCUAAUGGUACUUGGGAAACCUGGCCUGAAUGCACAAAAGUCGAUUGCGGGGACCCAGCACCCAACAAAGGAAAAUCAAAUGUCACAGUGUUCACUUAUGGCACUAUUGCUAAAAUUGAGUGUGAACCAGGUUUCAACAUAUUUGGUGAUUCCAUGAUUACUUGUCAGUCUGAUGGAACAUGGAGUGAUAAUCUAGUUUGCAAUACAUCGGGUGAGUGUCAAUUUUGUGUGUCAUUCUCAGUUUGA